AUGUCUCUCCAAUCCUUCCCAGACGAGAUCCUCCUUCGCAUCCUAUCCUACCUGCCAUCUCAUACUGAUGCAGCAGCACUGUCUCUACAAUGCCACCGUUGGCAUCGGCUUUGUGACAUGUCCAAUCGGCGUAAAUACCGUCGCAUAAAACUCCGAGAGCCAUUUGAUUUGACAGUGGCUUUUAAAAUGCUCCGAUCGAUCCUCAAAACUCCUCAGUAUGGGAGGUAUAUUCGCUACAUAGAGCUAAACCGAUCCCCAUCGCUAGAUUAUGGGUAUGUGCAUUCAUACACGGUCAAACCGCCACAAUGGCCCAUCCGACCAAAGGAUCAAGUCCGUCUAACUGCGGCGGUUAGGCGGGCCGGCUUUAAUUGUCCGGAGGAACAGGAGAAGGUGCUCAAUAUCUUACUACAGAGUCCGGGUAGCAUGCACCAUAAUGACCCACGAGUCCCGUUCCUCGCCCAGGCAUUGGCAGCAUUACUGAUCAGCGUUUCACCACUAUUAGAAUCAUUGAGUUUCUGCCCUGUCGGCCAGGAACCAUCGAAACUCUCAAAACUAACCGCCCAAGCCAAUGGAACUCCACUCCGGGAAUGUGAUUAUUUCUUUAAGCAUUUCCUAGACCGGGCGAACUGUAGCCCACAGGAGACCCUGCCAUUCCUGCAACAUCUUCGCCAGGUCCGAUUUCUUGUCGAUCCCGAUACAAGAAUCUAUCGCUGGUACUAUUACCAGCCCUAUGAUCUAUACGGCAGCUUCAACAUGGUACGCCGGCUCCCCGCAGUAGAAUCUGUCCGAGUGGACGCAAUUAUGAGCACGCAGAGCCCGAGUAUUGAGCCUCCACCCCGAUCUGCAAAUUACACCAGCAUUACCAUUCGGAAUUCCAAUGUAGAUUACCAGUAUCUAGUGCGGGCCAUUGAGUCGGCCAAACGGCUCGAAGAGUUUACAUAUGCGGUCGGUGGCCGAGGCUCGUCAGAUGGCAUGUUCAGCAUGUUCAGCCCGGAUCACGUCUUCCGGGCGCUUUUCCUGCACACCGAUUCACUGGUACAUCUGGAUUUGGAUGUGGAGGCCGAAACCCCACUAGCGGAGACAUUCGACCCUACCCUUGGACAAUAUUUGUUUGACGACAGCAAUGAUCGAUCGCCUCGAGCCCAGCAGGCCUAUCAGCAGGAGUGGGUAGAUGAACUCCAAAAGCUCCAACCGGAGCAGGGUGGUCAAUCAUCGCCUUGCUCUCUUCGUGGGCUUACUAAGGUGAAGAAUCUGAGUCUCGGAAUCCAUACCCUGUACUACCUGUCGCGAGGAAUCGGUGCUGAUCAGGGCGAGGAUGCAUCAUUUGCUAUUGUGGAUCAUCUCCCGCCAAACUUGGAAGCGCUUUGUAUCUAUGGGUACGAAAAGGGGAUGAAACCGCGGGUUGAGGGUCUUCCGGACGAUGUGUUCGAUAAGCAGUUGGAGCAAUUACUCGCUGAGAAGGAUGCCAAAUUGCCCUGCUUGUCAUAUAUCGAGGGGAUUGAUGAAUGCAUCGAAAAUGCGACCACCGUCAAGCAGCCAGCCACCAAUAAUGAGGAUCUGUGGGAGGAAGACACCGAUGAUGAAUGGACUGAUCAUGAAUAUGAUGAUUAG